UCUGUCCUCCCUCAGACUCUCCCAGCCGUGCCGCCCCGCCUCGUCGCCGUCAGCAAGACCAAACCUCCAGAGAUGGUUGUGGAGGCCUACAGACAAGGGCAUCGUAACUUUGGAGAAAACUAUGUUAAUGAACUUGUUGACAAAGCUUCUGAUCCUCUGAUUUUGGCCUCAUGUCCAGAAAUCAGGUGGCACUUCAUCGGCCAUCUGCAGAAGAACCAUGUGAACAAACUCCUGGGCGUGCCCAACCUGUUUGUGGUGGAGACGGUGGACUCUGCCAAGCUGGCGGACCGGGUGAACAGCUCCUGGCAGCGCCUCAGAGGAGCCAGCACCCAGAGGUUAAAGGUCAUGGUGCAGCUCAACACCAGCGGAGAACAGAGUACGUGUCAAAGUCAGCACUUUGUUCUGCUCAAAUAUACUGAAAAAUAA